GAAUGCAGCAAUAGCACGGCACAGCAGGGGACAGGACAACAUGGCUGCUGCUGCGGGCCGAUACUUCGGAGAAGGCGGCAGAGCAACGAAAAGACAGAAAACUGAGGACGGAGGAAUGACAACGGAGAGCUACGAUGACCCUCAUAAACCGCUCCCCUCCCCGGUGGUGCACAUCAGGGGCUUGGUGGACGGCAUCAUGGAGUCAGACCUGCUGGAGGCCUUGCAGGAGUUUGGGGCCAUCAGUUAUGUGGUUAUGAUGCCGAAGAAGCGCCAGGCCCUGGUGGAGUAUGAGGACCUGAAUGGCUCCUGCAAUGCUGUUACAUAUGCGGCAGAGAACCAGGUUUACAUUGCAGGCCACCCUGCCUUCAUCAAUUACUCCACUAGCCAAAAGAUCUCCCGGCCAGGAGACUCAGACGACACCCGGAGCGUCAACAAUGUGCUGCUGCUCACGAUCAUAAACCCCAUCUAUCCCAUCACCACGGAGUACUAUGAACUUUUUUCUGUGUGUCUCUGCAGGAUGUUGCUCUACAGCGUUUGUAACAACUGUGGUCCUGUACAGAGGAUUGUCAUCUUCAGAAAGAAUGGUGUUCAGGCCAUGGUGGAAUUUGAUUCAGUCCAAAGUGCUCAGAGGGCCAAAGCCUCGCUAAAUGGGGCAGACAUCUAUUCUGGCUGCUGUACUCUAAAGAUCGAGUAUGCCAAGCCAGCACGCCUUAAUGUCUUCAAGAACGAUCAGGACACAUGGGACUAUACAAACCCCAACCUCAGUGGCCAAGAUGCUGAUGGUGAAGGCAAUUGGAACAAUUCACAAGAUCCCAAUGCCAAUCCCAACAAACGGCAGAGGCAGCCUGCUCUUCUUGGAGACCACCCACCUGAUUAUGGCGGCCCUCAAGGAGGUUAUCAUGGCUACAAUGACGACAGCUACGGGCCCCCUCCUCCCCACCGCAUGGGGCCAGGUAUGGGCGGGCGUGGUCGCGGUAGCCAGCGCUACGGCCCUGGUUAUGGACCACCACCCCCUGAGUAUGGGCCUCAUGCUGACUCUCCAGUUCUUAUGGUUUAUGGCCUUGAGCCCUCUAAGGUCAAUGCCGACAAGGUCUUCAACGUCUUCUGCCUCUAUGGCAAUAUAGAGCGGAUUAAGUUCAUGAAGAGUAAGCCUGGAGCAGCAAUGGUGGAGAUGGGAGACUGUUACUCUGUGGACAGGGCCAUCACUCACCUCAACAACAACUUCCUUUUCGGACAGAAACUCAACGUGUGUGUGUCGAAGCAGCAGGCUAUCGUGCCAGGACAGUGUUACCAGUUAGAGGACAACACCAGCAGCUUCAAGGAUUUCCACGGAUCCCGCAACAAUCGCUUCACCUCCCCAGAGCAGGCGGCAAAGAACCGAAUCCAGCACCCGAGCAACGUCCUACACUUCUUUAACGCACAGCCCGACAUCUCUGUAGAGAUCUUCAACCAGGUCUGCGAUGAACUGGAAAUUAAGAGCGCCACAAGUGUGAAACUUUUCACAGGAAAGAGUGAGCGAAGUUCAUCUGGCCUUUUGGAGUGGGAAUCCAUCAAUGAUGCCAUGGAAGCCCUAGCUCUGAUUAACCAUUACCAGAUGAAAAACCCUAGUGGGCCUUACCCUUACACACUGAAGCUGUGUUUCUCAACCACACACCAUGCCAACUAAAUACUCUACCCUCUAAUAAUUUGUAAAUUUUGUGUCUUUGCAUAGAGUAUCUGCAGUUAUGUUGUCACGUCCCAUUCAAACAAUCAAUCGGUAUUGACAAAAACUAGGAGUGGUGUGCUUUAGAACAUGUUAUUUAAACUAUGAUUUGUUUACUUUUAUCAUGUUUUCCAAUCUGUAGUUUAUUUUGUACUUUCACUACACUAGAUUUGAAUACCCCCCCCCCUCCCCCCACUACCCAGAAAUAACAAUUCAAUGUGGACAUCAGUAACCAUAAUGUGAAUACUGAUAUAACCAUUGUUCACAUCUUCAGAGUUCGUUUGUAUUGUAUCUUUCAUCAUUUCUUCACUCUUGACAUGGAAACAUCAAUGUUCAUUCACUGGGAUAUGAUAAUUCAUUGGUAGGUUGUGACGAGGAGAAGCAGCUGCAGUUUUCUGGAUGAAAAAGUCCCACUGACAUUUGUGUACUGAAGUGGUUAGGAUGCCUUCCAUACGUUAAUACCUGGACUAGAAGAUUAUCACUAUGAAGAUUGGAGGAUGGCACACAUGAAGGAGAAGGUUACCAGUUCAGUCACUGUCAAGAUUUCAAUGUCAAGUUUCCACUUAUUUUCUUCUUUUUUUUUGUAAACAAUACUGUGAAUAUUACUUUAGCUGGAAUUACUCAAUUAACUAAAAGUUAUUUGUUUGUUUCCACAUACCUGCAUUAGGUAGCUUGGAUAGGGCACAAGCCCCGUCUGUACACACAGGCUGUGAAGCACUGCAUUAUUUUCAGUAUUACGGUUUGUAUUCACAAGUGGUAGAUAUUAAUUAAAGCAGAUUAAAAGAAUAAUUGACCUCUUUA